CAGUCGGGUCGAUCGAUCUCGUCGGGCAAUGCUGGAGUUAAGCGGCGUCGCGACUCCUCUAGAUCCCUAUCACCUGUCUCUGAUGUCUCUUUGAAUGUUGGCCAGGAUAGACCGAUUCCGACUAAACGUGUACGAGAGGUUUCCAACAAUAUGGUGGAGCACGUUCGAAGCUCCGGGAUCCCACCAUCACUAAAGGUUCAAAGUGACCGCUCGAACAAGAAGCUGAUCUCAAGUCCUUCUUCUGCAAAUGACCGCUCAAGCAAGACGCUCGCAACAAGUUCUUCUGUGAGGCAAGAGAGCAGAGAUGAGGAAGGCGGUUCGGAUGAACAACACAGCAAUCAGCAAAGUCCUGAAUACCACGAAGGUUGGCUCGCCGGGUAUACGGUCGGCUACAAAAACGGCCUGGCUCAGAAGCAGGCCGUUCCUGAUAGAACUGGUGUCUGA